UAGAGGCAGUAGGAAGGCAAAGGGGCUGGAAGCUGGAGAGGGCUGGAGCUGGAAGGCUCUCCGGCGGCGAGAGGUCCUGCCCAGCUGUUGGCGAGGAGUUUCCUGUUUCCCUCCCGGCGCCCGGGUAGAGUUGAUGAGUGAGUCACUCGCGCGCACCGACCGACGACACCCCCCGCGCGCGCACACGCUCGCUUGGGGGACGGAGCCCCAGCCUUCUGCGCAGCUCUCCUCGGCCGCCGGGGGCCUCCUCCCGGCCUCCAAGCUCCCCCGAUCUCCGGCCACAUCUGGCCCGCACUUCUGCCCGGCGCGCUCAGGACGGCCCAGGCAUACUGAGAGGACGAAGAGUCAAGGCGCAGCCCGGGGUCCCCGAGGCUCGGUUCGCGGCGCCUCAGGGGCCGGUCUAUGACGAGCGACGGGGGCUACCAUGGGUCGGGGGCUGCUCCGGGGCCUGUGGCCGUUGCACAUCGUCCUGUGGACGCGCAUCGCCAGCACGAUCCCACCGCAAGUUCCCAAGUCGGAUGUGGAAAUGGAGGCCCAGAAAGACGCGCCCAUCCACCUAAGCUGUAAUAAGACCAUCCAUCCACUGAAACGCUUUAACAGUGACGUGAUGACCGGCGACAACGGCGGGGCGGUCAAGCUUUCGCAACUGUGCAAGUUUUGCGACGUGAGAUUGUCCACUUGCGACAACCAGAAGUCCUGCAUGAGCAACUGCAGCAUCACAUCCAUCUGUGAGAAGCCACAAGAAGUCUGUGUGGCUGUGUGGAGGAAGAAUGAUGAGAACAUUACACUGGAGACGGUGUGCCAUGACCCCAAGCUUACCUACCAUGGGUUUGCCGUAGAAGACGCCACUUCACCCAAGUGCAUCAUGAAGGAGAAGAAAAGGGCCGGCGAGACUUUCUUCAUGUGUGCCUGCAACGUGGAGGAGUGCAAUGAUCACAUCAUCUUUUCAGAAGAAUACACUGCCAGCAAUCCUGACCUGUUCCUGGUCAUUAUCCAAGUGACGGGCGUCAGCCUCCUGCCUCCGCUGGGCAUUGCCAUAGCUGUGAUCAUCAUCUUCUACUGCUACCGUGUCCAUCGGCAACAGAGGCUGAGCCCGUCCUGGGAGAGCAGCAAGCCCCGGAAGCUCAUGGACUUCAGCGAUAAUUGCGCCAUCAUCCUGGAGGACGACCGCUCGGACAUCAGCUCGACGUGUGCCAACAACAUCAACCACAACACGGAACUGCUCCCCAUUGAGCUGGACACACUGGUGGGGAAGGGCCGCUUCGCCGAGGUCUACAAGGCCAAGCUGAAGCAGAACACUUCGGAGCAGUUCGAGACUGUGGCAGUCAAGAUCUUCCCCUAUGAGGAGUACACGUCAUGGAAAACGGAGAAGGACAUCUUCUCAGACAUCAACCUGAAACACGAGAAUGUCCUGCAGUUCCUGACUGCUGAGGAGCGGAAGACGGAGCUGGGAAAGCAAUACUGGCUGAUCACAGCAUUCCACGCCAAGGGCAACCUGCAGGAGUACCUCACCAGGCAUGUCAUCAGCUGGGAGGACCUGCGGAAGCUGGGUAGCUCCCUGGCCAGGGGCAUCGCCCAUCUCCACAGUGACCACACUCCCUGUGGGAGGCCUAAGAUGCCCAUCGUCCACAGGGACCUCAAGAGCUCGAACAUCCUCGUGAAGAAUGAUUUGACCUGCUGCCUGUGUGACUUCGGGCUGUCCCUGCGUCUGGACCCUACUCUGUCUGUGGAUGACUUGGCCAACAGUGGGCAGGUGGGGACAGCAAGAUACAUGGCCCCCGAAGUUCUAGAAUCCAGGAUGAAUUUGGAAAACGUGGAGUCCUUCAAGCAGACAGAUGUCUACUCCAUGGCUCUGGUACUCUGGGAAAUGACAUCCCGUUGCAAUGCGGUGGGAGAGGUGAAAGAUUACGAACCCCCAUUUGGCUCCAAGGUCAGGGAGCACCCUUGUGUGGAGAGCAUGAAGGACAACGUGCUGAGAGAUCGAGGACGGCCUGAAAUCCCCAGCUUCUGGCUCAACCACCAGGGCAUCCAGAUCGUAUGUGAGACGCUGACAGAGUGCUGGGACCAUGAUCCUGAGGCCCGCCUCACAGCCCAGUGUGUGGCAGAGCGCUUCAGUGAGCUGGAGCAUCCAGAUAGACUCUCUGGGAGGAGCUGCUCCCAGGAGAAGAUUCCAGAAGAUGGCUCACUGAACACUACCAAAUAGCUUUUUCUGGGCAGGCUGGACCAAGCCUCCAGAAGCCGCCUUUUCACCAAAGACCAGAGGCAGCUGGAUGCUAUCCUGACGGAUGCUUCUGGGAAACCAAGGACUUGCUCCCUUCUUACCUGAUAGCUGCUCCAUAUUCAGAAGCAGCAGCAGCAGCAGGAGGAGCAGUAGGGGCUAAGUGACAGAGAGCAUUCUGUGCCUUGGAUUUUGUCAUGGCAUAAGCUGUAUUAGCACCUCCUCAGGAAAUGAGAUUGAUUUUUACAACAGCCAAUAACAUUUGCACUUUAUUAAUGCCUGUAUGUAAAUAUGAAUAGCUAUGUUUUAUAUCUAUAUAUCUAUAUAUGUCUAUAUCUCUCUAUCUAUAGCCAUACUCUGCAAGGAGACAGAGAAAAAGAUCAAAUGCUCCGGGGAAAUUAGCUUUUAUUGAGGAGUUCCAAAAGGAAGCAGAAGGGACUGGGAACAACAUUAGCACUUGACAAUCACACACGCAAUGGUCCCCCGAAUGUGGGGUUGGGGGGAUGGUUGCAUGAAUAGGAUCCAUGCCUCACAGCCUGCUUUGGCCACAAAACACUUCUGUUUUGCAAUAAUUGUCCUCUACAUGCGGGUGCUCUCCCGGCCAGGGAGCUAAGUUCCAGCCCACCGCUGUGUCCCAGGGUCUUCCAUGUGCCUUGCUUUUGUUCAUAUUAUCAUCGACAUUCAAGCCCCACAUUUGGCUUGUGAACCUGUGGACUUGCCUAGAGCGCUGGCCUCACCCUUCUGCUUUCAUGGGCCGCUGAAAUCAAUAAGGACAGAUUCCCCACCCAUGAAUCUGAUAAGAUUGUGCUGUUUGAUUUUUCUUCUGUGCCGAAGUUACUAUUACUCAUUCCCAGCUGUUCUCAGUUGUUUUUUUGGUUUAGUGUGGCACACGCCGCACCCCGCCCCUGCAGCAUUGUGUUUCAUUUCUGUCACUCUCCUGCGGAAGUCGCCAGCUUGCCAUGGCAACACCCAUGGCUUCCAUCUUCCCAGGCGCCUGGAUAGGAGACAGAAUUUAAAUGACACACACUGCCCAUACUGUACAACUGUGUCUGGGGAUACUUUGAGCCCGUGUUUUGCUUAGUCAGCACAAUGUCUGUAAAAGUUUAAGUAUUGGAGAAAAAUCUCCAUUCUAGGUGAGGAGGAAGUGUGUUCCCGCCCCCCACCUCUAGAGGGCACCAUUUAAAGUCAGAUGGUGUGACUGGCACCUCUGCUUCUCUUCGCAGCCUUAAACAGUCUUCACAUUACCCACCCCCACCCAAGUCUGGAAAUGAAAGCUGCUGCCAGUCAAGAUCCAUUGUAAGAAAUGAGCAUUUGGGAACCUGGAGAGAUAGCUCAGCAAAUAAAAACGAGUGCCUUACAAGCAAGAGGACCUGAGUUCAGUCCCCCAGAACCCAUUGUCCUCGGAACACACUUGUAAUCUCAGCACUGGGGAGGUGAACACCCAUGGGAGCUUAUUGGUCAGCUAAGAAGACUCUCGGCAAGGUGAACAGUAUCCUGGUGAAUAACCCUGUCUUUGACCUCUGACCUUCAGACACACAUGCACCACACAUGCACCAUCACACACAUACACACACUAGAAAUGGGCAUUCAAGCCACCAUGCAUUGGUGCCAUGCUGGACUGCACGUACCUUGUCUGAUGUUAUGAAUUGAAGCUGACUAGGAAUUGGAUCUCAGGACCUCCUGUGCAUGAUCCUCAUUAGGUCAAGUUCUUGGUCUCUGCAUGGUCCUAACCCUUGCAGGAACGACUUUGAAGAGGGGACACACAAAACUUCCAUGUGGAGUCUGGAAAUCUGUGUCCACUUGGAUGAGUGCAAAGAAUGGGAUUUCAAUAGGGAUCUUGCUAAUCCACCUGCAGAUGUGGAUGUGGCUAGCAACAGUGCCUUUAAGAAAAAAAAUUGUAUUUUUGAAGCAUCUUUUCAACCAAAUAGGAACAUGAUUGAAGGACCACCAAAGAUCUUUUUAUUCUGUCUGGACCAUGGGAGGCCUCAGAUCAGAGGGGGGGUUUAGGAUACAUGGUCAAGAUGGGGAUGGGACAGAAAUCUGUGUACUCGGCCCUGUGGAAGUGUGUUGAGCAACACCUUGGAAAUCCCCCAAAUCCAUUUGCACCUUAGGGCGUGCCGACGCCCUCCCAAUCGCUGUUGUUCACCGCCCUCUAGCGGUGAGUUUCUAGAAUACUGGUCCACUAGUGGGAUUUCUAGGGUUCAAAAGUGAUUUCUUCCGGGUUAUCAUCAGAAACUGGAACACAGUGUCAUGUUACUGUGGCUUGUUUUGUUUAUGUCAUUUUUUUCUUAUUCAAGAAAAAGACCAAGGAAUAGCAUUGCAGUCAUUCCUCGCCAUGCUGACUUCUGUUCACUACUCCGCAUAAAGGGAAGGUUUUAUUCUUUUAUUGAACACUUCAGCCAUACUCAUGUAUUAAAAUAGGAAUGUGAAUGCACCAUGUUCUUUUUAUAUCAAAAUCUAAAGCACUUAUUUUCAUUCUAUGCAGUUUUUCUUUUAUAUAAAUAAAAACGUCAAGUAGAUCAAAUAAAUCAAAGUUAAUGGAC